GUUGUCUCAUUGGCACUCAUACCACAUCUCCUUAUAUCUAUAUCAAUGAUAUUUCAUGUCAACACAAAAGUACUGACUAUUUGGCUUGUGAUAUUCUCGUGGAAAAAACGUCCACCAGCAGAGGCAUCGACCCAGUGGUUGUAAAAACUCAGCAAAGAUAUAAGGCUUAUAAUUUGUUGCGUCAGACGUGCGUUUCGUCUACAUAAGACUCUCAAGUGCCGCUAGAACCAAAACAGAGUGGUGCCUAAAUCAAUACGAAGUAGAGGAGCAAUUAAGCCGGAAAUUCAUAAAAAAUUUUCCAAACGGGGCUAAGGCAAUCUAUGCCUUGUGAAAGAAAAAAAACUUAGUGUAUCGAAUGAUUUAAUAUUUAGUAAACAGUAAAUUUAAAGAAAAUGAACAUAUCAAUGAUAUUUCAUAUCAACAUUAAAGUACUGACUACUUGGCUGUUGAUACUUUCGGGGACGAAACGUCCACCAGCAGUGGCAUCGACCCAGUGGUUGUAAAAACUCAUCAAAAUCGUAUAAUUUGUUACACCAGACAGCCACUACCGAUCAUAGAUUGCAUGUAAAUGAUCCGUAUAGGGAUAGUUUAGUCGAGUUUUGUACUUUUUUUAUGUUAAAUAACCAUUACAACAUACCUGUGAUGUCUGCAGUUAAAGAUGUAUAACUGGAAACAAUAAACCUUUUCUAUUCAGAGACAGCCAUUUAUACGCCCUCCAUCAUUAUAUUCUGGAAAACAACAUGGAAGCCUUGAAAGUAAAUGACACAUUAUUCAAAGGAAACCAUUCAACGGAAGAUCUAUUGAAAUACUACAAUAAUUGGGCCCAGACAGGAAAAUAUGACGAGCACCUAUCAACAGACAACGGAUACAAAGGACCUCAUAUAGCGGCUCAAGCUGCUGCAGGAGUUUUUGAGCCAAAUCGUCGACCUACAGUACAAAUAUUAGAUGUAGCAGCGGGGACUGGAAAAGUGUCUCAAGAGCUCCGCCAACUGGGGUUUACUAAUAUUGAUGCAUUAGAUCCGUCUGGUUCAAUGUUGGCUCAGGCAAGGAAAAAGAAUCUUUACAAUAAUUAUAUAUGCGAUUUCCUAAGUGAAUAUACAAUGCCAGCUCGAAAUGGUUUUUACGAUUGUAUAACUACCUCUGGUGGGUUUGGACUAGGACACAUUCCUGCUGAUGCACUUCACGAUCUGAUUCGGUUGACUAAAAAAGGUGGAUAUGUUAUAAUUGCAAUGAGAGAGGAAUACAUUUAUAUGUCGUGUUAUAAUGACAUUCUAGAACCACUGAUGAAAAAAUUAGAAAACGAACAGAAAUGGCAAAUGGUACAACGAUCAAUUAUCCAAGAAUACGCCUUCAACAAAACAGGAGUUUUAUAUAUAUUUGAAGUAUCAUAGUGUGAAGGAAAUAACAUGAGGAAUAAUUUAUUGAUUUAUGGUAUCCAUAAGCCAAAAAACAAACCAAAACACUGAGAACUGAAGUAGUUUGCAUUGUCUUUCAAAUGUGCUGAAAUGACUAGUUUUGUAAAUAUAUGAAGUUAAUAUAUGUCGUCACUUUAUGUUUGUUUGUUUUUUACAAUAAAUUCAGUAAUUUUUCAA